AUGAAGCAGCUGUCAUCUCUUAAAACUCCUCCCGGAGUGAUUGCUCUCUUUGAAGUACCACAAGAAAACGUUUGUCACACAAAGGAGGCGAAAUAUCACUUACCUGUAUCGCUUAUCCUUGACCGCAUUAGCGACCCUGGCAAUAUGGGCAGUUUAAUACGAUCUGGUGCAAGCUUUGGUUUGACUUCUAUUUUGGUGACGAAAGGUAGUGUUAAUAUUUGGAAUGAAAAGGCAAUUCGAGGAGGAAUGUCUGCUCAUUUUCGCAUACCUAUUUACCAAGGACUAAGUUGGGCCGAUAUCAGUCGUCAUUUUGGAAUAUGUGAUGGUUCAUUUUCUCCUGUUACAGUUUUCGUAGCUGACCCUGAUCCACGUAUAACUGAUAGAUUAAUCGAAUCGGCUUGGAAAACCGAUUCACCUGUAUGUCAACCUGAUGAUGUAGAGAAAUCCCAAAGGUCUACUGUAUCCGAAGCUGUUGGCACUCCUCCUGAAUCAACGAGUAAUGCCUAUCGUUUGCCAGUACAGACUAUGCCACACUUUAAUAUAAAUUAUGUCCCUUCUGAUUACAAUGCUGAUAGACGUGACUGUCGUAUUGCAAUCGUUUUAGGUUCUGAAGCUCAUGGUGUUUCUCCGGAAGCUUUUCAUCUAGCACAUCUCACUGGAGGAUGUCGAGCUGUUAUUCCGUCUGCAAAAGGAACUAAUAGUUUGAAUGUUUUGUCUGCUGCCUCUGUUCUUCUAGGAGAAAUACAACGUCAAUUUCUUACUACAUAG